AUGAGCAUUCCAUGGAUCGAGAAAUAUCGACCACAGAAACUGGAAGAUAUCGUUGGUAAUAAAUCAACAAUACAACGAUUGGGCAUUUUCGCAAAACAGGGCAAUCUUCCGAAUAUUAUCAUAUCGGGUCCACCAGGAUGCGGUAAAACAACAAGUAUUUGGGCGUUAGCUCGAGAAUUAUUGGGUGCACAAGUAAAAGAAGCGUGCCUUGAACUGAAUGCUUCCGAUGAUAGGGGUAUCGAUGUUGUCCGUAAUAAAAUCAAAAGUUUUGCUCAAACGAAAGUCUCGCUGCCGGAGGGUCGUCAUAAGAUAGUGAUUCUUGAUGAAGCAGAUUCGAUGACUGAAGGCGCCCAACAGGCAUUACGUCGAACGAUGGAAGUUUUCAGUAGAACAACUCGUUUUGCAUUGGCUUGUAAUCAGUCGGAUAAAAUUAUUGAACCAAUCCAAUCCCGUUGUGCAAUACUACGCUUUUCGAAACUCAGUGAUGAGGAAGUAGCUGCUAGGCUUCUAAAAGUUUGCGAUUAUGAAAAGGUUACUUAUGACAAUUCUGGAAUUGACGCUCUCAUCUUUACGGCGCAAGGUGAUAUGAGACAGGCUCUGAAUAAUCUUCAGUGUACCGUGGCAGGUUUCGAGCAGGUCAAUUCAGAAAAUGUGUUGAAGGUUUGUGAUGAACCACACCCGGGAAUGAUAAAGAGGAUGCUGGAAUUGUGUGUGCAAGAGGAUUUUAUUGAGGCAAAUCAAAUAAUGCAGAGUCUUUAUAAAAUGGGACAUUCAUCCGAGGAUAUCUUAUCGAAUACGUUUCGAGUUUGUAAAACUGUCAACAUACCUGAAUAUCUCAAAAUGGAGUUCAUCAAGGAAAUUGGUCUUUGCCAUGCUCGUGCCGUCGAAGGUAUCACCUCAUCGUUACAACUGUCAGGCUUAGUGGCUCAACUUUGUCUGAAACAAAAAGGUGCAUCUUGA